AUGGCCGUCCGCUUCCUGCCGCCCACCCCCCGCUCCCGGCGCCACUUGGAUCAGCCCGCCUCCAAACGGUCGACAAGUGGUUGGGAAGAAGUAGUGAUUCCUUAUGCUUCUGACAGUGACUCUGGGAGUGUAGAUUUGCAGCUGAGCAAUUUAGAUGACACUCUAAAACAGUUCAGUAUCUUGGAACUUGCAGUCCACGCAUCUUCCCCGGAUAGUCUUGGACCACUUACUUCCCAGACCUACCUCAGUGAGGAUGCCAUCGAGAAAAUGAUCCACUGGGUCCAGGAGGCUUUCAGGGGCCAGCUGAAGAGUGAACAAGAGGAGCUGACCUUUCUGAUAUCUUUGUCUACUCUCAGCCAAGCUCUGUCAUAUGAUGAAACUGUAGAAUUGUUCAUCCACACGCACAUCCCAGACAUUGUGGGUGUCCUGUAUAUCCUAGUGGAAGAGCAUAUUCCUUGGAAAUUAUUCAGCCCUGUGCGCCAGGAGAUCUUUGUCACCAUCUCUGCUCUCAGUUACCGAGAUGUCUGUUUGCUGUUUGGCUCUGAAGAUAAAGAGGGUUUGCUCCGUCUUAUCAUCACAAGCGUAAUCACUCUGCCCUCAGUAGAGGCAGUGCCAAGUGGGUCCUACAACUCAGAGGAUCUCUGCAUACAGACGUUUCAGCAAUUCUUUGAGAUGCUCCAGAUGUUGGUGGUACGCGAUCCACAUUUGGAAAAUCUUGACAACAUUUUCAAGCACUUGUCCCCCUGGCUACAGACAGACAAACACUCUGAGCGGAUGCUGGCCACCACCUGCAUUGUUGAAGUUCUGAAGAGCUUAUCCAUAAAUCUCAGCUUGAAGCUUCCCCUGCGCUUUCACAGACUUGGCCACCUCGUGGCGGUGAUGGCACUGCUCUGUGGGGACCCAGUGACGGAGGUGGCUGAGAAGGCUGCCGAGGGCAUGCACUACCUGCUGCGAAUCACCCUGAGACUGAAAUAUAUUACUCAUGAGGAGAAAAAUUACGAAAGCUUUAGAAGAGCAAUGAAAAAGUGUCGCAAGCUCCUGAAAUACUACAGCGUUAAGCAGUUCUACAAAUACCACUUCCAGAUUGCUCAGGUCUUUGAAGUGUUUCUCAGUCCUAACGAGCUCUGCCAGUUUGUAAUGACUGUAGUGGAUGGCCUGAAAAAUCUGCGCUAUCCUUCCACCCAGCUAGCAGCAGGAGAGUUGCUGAUAACGUUGAUGGAAAAUGUGAAGUCCAGGUUUGAGAAGGUGCCAGAGGUUAUAGGGGUUAUCUGUGCCCGACUCGCCAUGGUCAGCCAUCCUAUAGUCCGCCGACAAAUUAUCAGCACCGUGGGUGUGAUUAUGUGCACACCCAAUUACACAGAUACAGUGAUCCACCACCUUCUGUGCCAGCCGUUGCCAUUCGACAGGUCUCUGACUGAGCUAUGGAGAAAUCUGACAGUGAACCUGAAUCUCACAACUUGGAUCCUGUCGAGGCUCCUGAGGAUGCUGCAGAAAAGUCAUACUAAGCCCCUCCAGGAGAAGAUGUCCUACAUGACCAUUUCAGCCACAGGUGCCCUUUAUGAGGUGUUUAUAGGAAACAGGCUCAGAGCAGCUACGUUCCGACUCUUUCCUCAGCUUCUGGUUUCACUGCUCAUCCAGAUUCACCACUGCAUCGGUCUCACCGUGUCUGAUGUCGCCAUGCCGAGUUACCUACUCUCGAACCAGAAAAUGUCUUCACAGUUCGCUCCUUUGCGCCUUGCCGUACAGGCUACCAAGACUCUCCUUUUCAGAACAUCGUGCUUGCAGGAAUUCGACGCCAUGGAAAAGAACAAAGGAUGGGCCCUCCUGGAAGAAGAAGACAGUCACCUCCAGGGAGUAGCUCUUCUUGCCAAUGCGGUGCUGGAAGGAAAUCCUGCCUUUGCAAAUAAGAUCUUAUAUUUGUUAGUCCCUCUUCUUAACCGAGGGAAUGAAAAGCAUAAACUCACAGCUGCAGGCUUUUUUGUGGAGCUCCUCCAGAGUCCAGUGGCCACGAGACUGCCCUGCAUAUACUCUGUCAACCGCUUGACAGACUGGCUCCAUGAUGAAAAUAUUCUCUUUAGAAUUCUUGCUCUGAAGGGACUGCUCCAUAUGAUCAGACACCAGGAGAUGAGGGAAGACUUCAUCAGCCUGAUUCCGAGCAUCUUGGACCUCUUAAGUGAUACCAAAGAGAAGAUUAUUUUGCUGGCCAUUGAGAUUCUCCUGCAUCUCGUCAAGAAGAUGGAUUUCACCACGCUGGCUGCCAUGAUGAGGACUCUGUUAUUCUUAUUCCGAGAUGUGAGAUCUGAUGUUCGUCUCUUCUCCAUGACCCUGUACAGAGCCUCCAUAGAGUCUGUGAAAUACUCAGAUAAGAAGAGUCUAGAGAACCAAGUCCUGGGCAGUCUAGUCCCACUACUUCUCUACUCACAGGAUGAAAAUGACGCAGUAGCCGAGGAGAGCAGGCGUCUGCUGACUGUGUGUGCUCAGUUUCUGAAGUGGAGGUUGCCCAGAGAAGUAUACGGCAAAGAUCCCUGGUACACCAGGUCCCGUGAAGUUGAAACCAUCUCCAAAUUCCUUGGAAAAAAAUGCAAGGGGAAAGUUAACAUCCUUACUCAAAUGUUGAUACACUCCAAGAAUGCCAAGCUACCAAUCAAAAGAGCUGCAGUCUUGUUUAUAGGGCUGUUUUCUAAGUGCAUGGAUCCCAGGGAACUCAAGAUAGAGGAUGUUGACUGGAUAGAGUAUGACCUUCGAGAACUGCUGACACACCCUGAGCCCUCCCUGUGCAUCAUUGCCUCCGACGCUCUGUUCCAGUUCCAGGAACUGGACCCCCGCCGCUCGCCGAGGGCCGAGGACGGCCGUUCGCUUAAGGACCCGAGGGCCGCCGUCUGCCGGUAUUUCCGGAGACGGGGCCGGGCGGGGAGCUCCAGAGAAGCUGAGGACUCUUUCGAGGCGGCACGCGGAGGCAGACGGCCGCUGGCGGGCGCCGUGCCGCCGCGGUUUUCGCGCGCUUUUCGCGCGGGGGCUGGUGGGUAG